AAUGAAGACUUUGUAACAAAGUUUCCGCUUGAUAUUGAUUUUCUCGUAGGUCAGGGCGCCGCAGUGUCGUGAAACAGGUUUGAUUCAUGCAGCAAGUUUUAAUUGUCGGAGAAAACUUGAUCGUUGAAGGUAGAACAGAGCGAUAUUGCAAUUACUGGCAGUUCAUUUUGACCUCGGUAAACUUCGAUAAUAGGAAUCUUUUGAGAAAAUCGUAGCUCUUAUUAACGAUAUUUGACUCGAUGUCCCAGCGCAACAGCAGUCUCUUAAUGCAGCGCAUGGAUAUUAUCUCCAGCAUGCUACUUCGGAAGUAGGUCACCGUUUUACCACGUCUCUAUUGGGCGCUCGUUUUUUUUCUGAAUUACACCUCGACUCUGGUCAUAAUUUAUAAAAGGUGUAAUCUGAAUUAAGAGUGGACUCAAACCGAUCUUCCAUCGGGACCGAAGGGUCUGUAUGAAGGGAUGUGAUGACCCAUGCAGAUACCGCCCCAGUGACUCCUGGGAGCAGGUAGGUCUUCCACAUGCAGAGGCCAUGGUGGGGGGAGCCCGGCCAAAACUAAAAAGAGGGAGGCCCAAGGAGGUAAAGAGAUGCAGUGUGAAGGAGAGCAAUGAACUGUGGGAAGAGGAGGAGGGCAGGAAGCUGGAUCUGUGCGAGGGGGACAGCCUCGACUGUCGAGUCCUUCUCACUCGUCUGGAGUCGAGCAGUGAUGAGGACAAGGAGAGCUGCUUGGAAGCUCCAAUAGAGACCAAAGAAGAAGGGAGCCAUAGCCUGGUGCGUGGAAGGACCAAGCCCUGCAAGUCUAGACAAAAGACCUGCAAAGCCUAUAGGCUAGCGCCGGAACCAAACAAUCAAUCAAAAGUGUUAUGCACAUUCCCUGUCGUGGAACCUCGCAAACGGAGGCUGGCCUCUCUCAACGCGGAGGCUGUGAAUAGUCUGCUCUUAUACAGAGAACAUCCGCAAGGGUCCAGACUCGUAAAUAAGCUACAUUCCAAUGGGAAUCUGGCAAAGGAUACAAUCAUUUUGGGCCAUAACACCCCAAGUGGUCCUAAGGUGGCAAAAUCAGACAUUUGUGGAAUUGGAAGUUCCAAAACAUACCAAAAGACUAUGAAGAUGGAGGAUGUGAGUCUGCUGAGUCUGUACGGUCCCACCCCUCGGCGUCAGGCCAGCCUCAAUGCUGCUGCUUUGCUCAAGAUCACCAGCACCUCCUUCAAAGCCAAACAUCGGGGGGCCAAGGCCAACUGCAACCAGCUGAGUGGGGUAGUGAGGAUCAAGCUAAAGAAACGGCAUCAUCAUGAAAUCCAUCACAGGCAAUCCCAGAUCCAGCCACAGCUGGUUCAGAAAUGCUGUAAUCUCUGUAAAAGGGAAUACUUCCACCCAGAACCACAGUGGGAGGGGACUACAGGGGGGAAUGGCUCCAUCAGAUCUGACUUCCAGUGUGGAUCCUUCCUUGGCUACCCAAUGAAGUCUGUGGAGGAGCCAGUCGAGACCCAGGCGACUCCUUCUUUCUGCUGCUGCUCCCAGGAAAGGUUGGGGGAGUACUGCCACCGACUGGCCCUGUUCCUUGGCCAAAAGAGCUUCGGUGACGACAAACUUGAGGAGCAUUCGCUCUCCAAGGGCCGCCUCCUCUCUCCCCGUUCCCUUGCCCACCCACAUGCCCUGACCAUAGGCCCCCACCCUUACCCAUGUUUCUCAGGCUAUUAUGUCCACUUUGCACACCACAAGACCUCCUCUACCCUCAUGACCUCCAUGAGCUCCAGCCCCAUGCCCUACCCGCCCUCUUCUGUGGCCUCCAUCACGUUGUGCCCUGGUGGGGUCCAGAGUCCCAAGCUGCUGUCCCCGACCGGCUCCCACCCCUCAGGAAUCUCCCUCCCGGUCUACUGCUAUGGAGAAGCCUGCGGAAUCAGUCGCUACCCCUACAGAGCAGUAACAACCCUCGCCAGCAGGGGGUGCUGCUAUAAUGCAGGUUGCUCCAGCUGCAGCCAUAACACCAAGUUGGAAGACUACUCCCCGCCUUUGGAGGACCACAGCCCCUCUGUCCCAUUUUCCCCCACACAAGGCUGCCUUGCCACCGCCAGCGCUCCCCCAGCCGGCCAAUCAGUGCCCCACCUCCAGAACCCUCUAUCGAACCCCAGCCAACCGAGGAUUACGCUGCAAGUGACCCGGGAGUGUCCUCAGCGUGCAAAGCCACCCAGCAGCUCUCGGUCUGGGGUAUGUGGUGACUCCCAUAUUCGAGACGAGCAUCAGCUGGGGCCUGCCGCCAGCGGAGCUGCCAAGCAGCAGAGGAUCACCCGUCGCCGGGCAACCAAUGGCUGGCUGCCCGUGGGCGUGGCCUUCGAGAAGGAGGUUUUCACUGUGGGGGAAGAGACGACAGUGUUGCGCAAAUGUUUCGAAGGAGUACAGCGGGACGGCGAGGUCAUUCGGGUUCGAGACACAGUCCUGCUGCGCUCCGGUACCAGGAAGAAGUCUCUGCCCUACGUAGCCAAAAUCUCAGCCCUGUGGAAGGACCCCGAAUCAGGAGAGAUGAUGAUGAGCCUGUUUUGGUUCUACCGCCCAGAACACACACAGGGAGGACGAAAUCCCAACAUACACUGUGAGAAUGAACUUUUUGCAUCUCGGCAUCAGGAUGAAAACAGUGUGGCCUGCAUCGAAGACAAGUGCUACGUGUUGACGUUAGCACAGUACUGUAGAUAUUGUGCUUUGGUGACUCGUCGGGGGGAGGAUCUCCCUGAAAGUGCCACCAGAGUGGUGCCGCCUUCUGUCGAAUACGCCGUCCCUGCCCACUGCUGCGUGCCAACGGACAUCGACCCCGACCUGGUGUUCAUGUGUCGCCACGUCUACGACUUCCGCUAUGGACGCAUCCUGAAGAGUCUGCAGUAGCACUUGUGUGGAUGGUGGUGGAACGGAGGAAUCUUAAACAGUGAAAGAGAGAGCUGAAAAGACAGGAUUUUGAGACCGACCAAAAGCCACUCUGUUUUGAAAGGAGUGGAAGAUGUUGACAGUUUUAGGCAGAGGAAGUCUCUAUGUCUGGAAGUGCUUUUGCCCAAUGUCUCUAUCUCUCACUCUUGAGGGAUUUGCGAAGGGUCACACUUGGUCAAAGAGGAAUUGUGUUUUAUCAUCCCAAGCACAAAUCCCCUUCAAUAAAACUGAUUUGCCAAAUUAUUAUUUUAUUUUCGCAUCGUCCCAUGACUUUGCCUGUAUCUAUGUGGGUUAUUAGUUACGUUGUGUUGGCAGAUGGUAUCAGUUAAGACUUGUUUUGUAUUUAAUGGGAUGACUCAUGAAUUAGAUGGUGGCUUAACAUAUUUAUCUGUAUUGAUUUAGUCUUGAGUUUAAGGUUUAAUUGGCUUAAGUGCAGAGAAAUAUUUAUUUCUAUAUGGAGAAUUUUUAAUUACAUUUUUUUAAAGUAAUUUAAGAGUGCAUUAUUUAGUAUUUUCAAAGCAAGGAAGGCGACUACGAGAUAAUUAUUAUUCCUAAGUAGAAAUGAUCCAGGCGUUCGCCAAACACUAACUCUCUGUCUGCAUUGUCUUAGAGGUAAAGUACCACUGAAUCCCAAACCAGCCUCUCGCCUAUACCUCACCCCUACCAACUAUACCUCACCUCUACCAACUAUACCUCACCUCUACCAACUAUACCUCACCUCUACCAACUAUACCUCACCUCACCUCUACCAACUAUACCUCACCCCUACCAACUAUACCUCACCUCUACCAACUAUACCUCACCUCUACCAACUAUACCUCACCUCUACCAACUAUACCUCACCUCUACCAACUAUACCUCACCCCUACCAACUAUACCUCACCCCUACCAACUAUACCUCACCUCUACCAACUAUACCUCACCUCUACCAACUAUACCUCACCUCUACCAACUAUACCUCACCCCUACCAACUAUACCUCACCUCUACCAACUAUACCUCACCCCUACCAACUAUACCUCACCUCUACCAACUAUACCUCACCCCUACCAACUAUACCUCACCUUUACCAACUAUACCUCACCUCUACCAACUACACCUCACCUCUACCAACUACACCUCACCUCUACCAACUACUCCUCACCUCUACCAACUAUACCUCACCUCUACCAACUACACCUCACCUCUACCAACUAUACCUCACCUCUACCAACUAUACCUCACCUCUACCAACUAUACCUCACCUCUACCAACUACACCUCACCCCUACCAACUAUACCUCACCUCUACCAACUAUACCUCAUCUCUACCAACUACAGCUCACCUCUACCAACUAUACCUCACCUCUACCAACUAUACCUCACCUCUACCAACUACACCUCACCUCUACCAACUACACCUCACCUCUACCAACUAUACCUCACCUCUACCAACUAUACCUCACCUCUACCAACUACACCUCACCUCUACCAACUACACCUCACCUCUACCAACUAUACCUCACCUCUACCAACUAUACCUCACCUCUACCAACUAUACCUCACCUCUACCAACUAUACCUCACCUCUACCAACUAUACCUCACCCCUACCAAUUCAUGACCCUACGUAGUCACGUGUUGCUGACAAAACUCCCAGAGUGGCGAGAGGAUUAAAUAAACCGAGACACACUCUUGACUUGAAUUAUGCAAUUCAUGUAUGACAUUUAAAUAAUAAGAGCAUGAAAUUCAAAUGAACAAAUUCCCCUUGGUCAUUUUACAAGAUAUAAAAUCAGACACAACAAAUGCUCCAUUCUCUUGUAUGAAAUUGUACAAAAUAUAUUGUGUUUACAUGUUGGAAUAGCUCUUCGCUUUGGAACCGGCAGCUUUGCUGGCUUGGUCGAAGUGGCUAUCGAAGGGUUUGGUCAUUGUCACACCCUCAGCUUUGGGACACUUGUUCAUAUGAAGGAGGUGAGUGUGAAAGUACAAAUGGAGGGGAGAGGGGAAGGGACUGGUUUGGGAUUCAGCAUGAGAAUGACCAGUGACUCAACCGAGCCAACCCCCACGAUAAUUGUUUGUCCCUACUACCCUGCCUUGAAUUGACCAAUGAACGGGGGUUUGAACACCACACGCGCACUGCCAUUAGCCAUAAUAACUUGCCUUACAUCCCGCCGGUCGACAUCUAGGAUGCAAGCUCCAAUACGUUCAGUUCACACCUCACCAAAAAACCUGCCUUCCAUCUAAACCAAGGUUGCCAGUGGGUGGAGCUACAGUUCAGUACAAGCCCCUCCCCAUGUUACUGUGCACUAAUCCAUGUUCCAUUAUGAGAUCAUCGACUGUGUCCUUAAACUGAACAUGCUACUGAUUCGUUAACAUGGAAGUCACACUGUGGAUUUAUGUACAUGUGUGUUUGCUUAGAUUAGAGGGAAUCAAAGUUUGGUAUCACAGUUCCUGGAAAAGCUUCCUGUCUGAUCAUCACACAUACACACACACACACACACACCUGCUUCUAAGAUGUAUCUCGAUGUAUAGGGCACAAGCCAUAGGAGUACCUUCCUUACACGCUCAAGUCCUUUUUAUGUCCAAUCAAGAUGUGAUCGAUUUUUCUUACUCUACUGUUGUGCCUGCCUGUCUCAGUGGGCUCAGUGUCCAAGAACUAUCCAUGAAAAGUAGGCCAAGAUUAUUGUUAUUUUUUACGUCUUUUUUUAAAUGCCUUUUUUUCAUGAAAUUCUGUUAAUUGCUAAGAAAUGUUUGUACCAACAAGGGUAUAGAAUGGGUAUAAAAUGCCCCAUUCAACUCAUUCCCCGGUGUAGAGAACUCUCAAUUCCAAGUUUCUUUGUUCUUGUGUGCAUUAUGUUCCGAGUUUUAGAGGUUCUGGGAAUUCUGGGAAAGAAUAUUCAUAGCACAGUGUUUGUAUUAUUUAACAUGUAAUAUACAAAUAUUUGAAUGGAAUAAAUAAUUAGUUUUAA